AGGGUCCCAAGGCCCCAUCCCCCAACCGAGGCAGCCUCUCUCACCAGGUGGGCUGGCUGCUGUCAUGUGGAUGGAGAACAGAGGGUGAGGCACCAUCCUGCUAGUCAGGCAAGAUGCUGACAGGAGGGCGGGAGGAGAGGGCGGACUGAGAGGGCGGAGCUUCUAGAACAAAGGAGAACUAGGAGCCCUGGGGGCCCAGGCUGGGCAUCAAAAAGGCUGUGCAGAGCAAGCAGAACACAGACAACCCACUUCUGUGCCCAGCAGCCAGACAGACACCCUGUACCUGCUCUGUUCAAUUUGCCCAGGGCAGGCAGGAACACGGCCCUGCCGACGGAGACCUCGCGCCCCAGCGUGAUUGCACCCACACUGCUCUGUGCCGUUCUCUACUUGGCUUGCGUUACUGCUGAGCUUCCAGAGGUGAGCAGAAGGAUGGCCACCAGCGGAGCCAGAAGCAAGGAAGGCCACCGGGAGCACGCCUUCAUCCCAGAACCUUUCAAUGGUGCUAACAUCGAUGCCAGCCUUUGGCUGCACCGCUUUGAAGUCAUAGAUGAUCUCAACCAUUGGGACCAUGCCACCAAACUGAGGUUUCUGAAAGAGUCGCUCCGGGGAGAUGCCCUGGAUGUCUACAAUGGACUCAAUCCCCAGGCCCAGGGCGACUACAAUCUUGUGAAGGAAGCCCUCCUAACGGCCUUUGUGGGCCUUGGGGCUGCCCACAGCCAGAAACCCAAAGAGAUUGUGUUUGCCAACAGCAUGGGUAAGGGCUACUACCUUAAAGGGAAGAUUGGCCAUGUGCCUGUGAAGUUCCUGGUGGACUCUGGGGCUCAGGUGUCUGUGGUCCACCCAUCCUUGUGGGAGGAGGUCACCGAUGGUGACCUGGACACUCUUAAGCCUUUUGACAGCGUGGUCAAAGUGGCCAACGGGGCAACGAUGAAGAUCUUGGGUGUGUGGAACACAGAAUUGACCCUGGGCAAGAUGAAGCUGAAGGCAGCAUUUCUGGUGGCCAACGCAAGUGCGGAAGAGGCCAUUAUUGGCACGGACGUGCUGCAGGACCACAAUGCCGUUCUGGACUUCGAGCACCGCACCUGCACCCUGAAGGGGAAGAAGUUCCGCCUGCUGCCGGUUGGGGGCUCCUUGGAGGAUGAGUUUGACCUGGAGUUCAUUGAGGAAGAGCCUUCUGCAGCAGAGGGCUCCCACUAAGAAACCCCGCUCCUGUCCCCAGCAUUGGUAGGGAGACCUUGUGUUGAGGGGAGCAGAUGUCCUCAGGGGGUAUCCUGGGGCCUGGCCAGUCUUUAUACUUGUUCUCAGCCUCCCUCCUUUUGCAGGAGCCUUACCUUGGCCCUGUUGGGGGAGGGAAGGCAGCUUGGUGGCCUAAAGCAGGGUCCCCAGGGGCUGCAAAGACUUUCAAGGCUGGCAGGAGUUCCCAAGGAGGUUGGGAAAGUCUAUCUUGAGAGAGGGCUGGGGGCCCUUUUAGAUUCCCUGAGGUAUGGCUCGCUCACCUCCAGGUCCCCAAGCUUGCACAGCUGAGCCUGGUCCUGGCUGAGACUCUCACGAUCCAGAUUCUUGGAGGAGGGUGUCAGCUGCUCUGGGAUUCCUCCCCUGGAGUCCUCCCACCCGCACGUGGUGCUUCCUCCCGUCACUUGCCUUGAAUCCCAUGGAGCCUGUGUCAAUCAUUCAAUUAUUUCAAAGCACCAAUAAAGAUCUGUUCAUGGAAA